AUGGUCUCACGUGUUGCUGCAGUGAAGGCACCCCGCACAUACAACCGUCGCCGCGUGACCGGAUCCAGCGGAAGGAGGAGGGAAGGAAGAGAGAGUGAGCCGCAGAGGCCCAACAUGUCCCGGCGUGUGUUUACUUCCGCGGUGCUGCUGCUCCUCGUCGUGAUGUUGUGCUGCGGCAGUGGAGCUGCAUCCAGUAAGGACAUGCCGUCGUCAAGUCAGGGAGCUUCGUCGGAGAAAUAUUACGUUUGGACGGAGAAGAAAGGGGGUGAAACUGUGGGUUUGCUCCGUGUUCCCGGUCUUGUUGAGAUGAAUGGCGAAGUAUUUGCCGUUGCCGAGGCGCAGUUGAAGGGUGAAAGCGAUUUUAAUGGGAUUGCCUCGGAGCUCUUGACGUUAACUGGCCAGGAAUCAAAAGAGUUGGUUACAGCUCAAGUGAAGACACAAGUGCUGGUGGCAUGUCCAUCCGACAAAAAGAAUUGUGCUUCCCGUGAAGCUGCUUUGGCUGUUUCUCAGAGUGAGAAGAGAGCACAUGUGAGCCGACCAACAACAGUUGUGAAGGGAAGUGAUAUUUACAUGCUUGCUGGAAAAUACUGCCAGAAACCUGCUGCCGCUGGUGCUGGGGUGUGUGAAGCAGAUGAAUGGGGGCUUUUGCUGGUGAAGGGUCAAGUCAGUGGUAAUGGGGGAAGCAGCAAAGGAAUCCUUUGGAAAGAAACCAACGAUGUCCCACCGACAACUUUUGUGAAGGAACCUCAAUCCUUGACGCGGCUGAUUGGCGGUGGUGGAUCGGGUGUUCACACGGGAGACGGUACGUUUUUGUUCCCAGUGGAAGCCACGAAGGAGGAUGAAAAGACCGUUUCGCUGAUCCUAUACUCGAAGGAUACUAAGAGCUGGAAGCUGUCGAAUUGGAUGUCUGCCGAUGGCUGCGGCGAUCCCUCCGUCGUGGAGUGGAAGGACGGAAAACUCAUGAUGAUGACUGCGUGUGAUGAUGGCCGCCGCAGGGUGUACGAGUCCGGUGACAAGGGGGAAUCGUGGACGGAGGCACUCGGUACACUCUCGCGCGUGUGGGGCAACAAACACAAGCUUGAAAACGUGAAGGGCGUUAGGAGUGGGUUCAUCACAGCGAAGAUUGAGGACAGGGACGUGAUGCUCGUUACUCUGCCGGUGCAUGCUAAUAAGGCUGAUAAAGAAGUAAAUGUAAAGGGCAGACUCCAUCUUUGGCUGACGGACAAUACGCACAUUGUUGAUAUUGGGCCGGUAUCUGUGGAAGGAGACGAUGAGGUUGCCGCCAGCUCCCUGUUGUACAAAAGUGGAGAUAAUAAUGAGCUGAUUGCACUGUACGAGAAGAAGAAGGGCGGUGAGGAGGAAUCACUCGGUAUGGUCUCUGUGCGUCUGACUGAGCAGUUGAAGCGGGUGAAGGAUGUGCUGAAGACCUGGAAGGAUGUAGACAGCCGCGUCUUCCAGCUGUGCACCACUUCACUUGUUCAGAAGGCUCCCUCACCUGACACUGCCUGCAGCGCUGGUAAGAUCACGGCUGGGCUGGUUGGCUUUUUGUCCGGCAACUUCUCUGAGGACACGUGGAGGGACGAGUACCUCGGAGUGAACGCCACAGUGAAGAACGGUGCAGCAGCAAAGGCAGAGCCUUCCGAUGGCGUGAAGUUCACAGGGCGUGGCGCAGGGGCGGAGUGGCCCGUUGGCGCGCAGGGGGAGAAUCAGCUGUACCACUUUGCGAACUACAACUUUACUCUUGUGGCGACGGUGUCCAUCGACGGUGUGCCGAAGGGAGAUACUCCCAUUCCUUUGAUGGGUGUGAACAUGAAGGGUGAACAAGGGAAAUUUUUUGGGUUGUCGUACGAGAAAGAAAGGAAGUGGAUGUUACUGUGCGGUGACGGAACAACUAAUUCUGGGGAACUCAGCAGCACUGGGGAACCGGGGACAAAACGCCACGUGGUAAUUUUGCUACGGAACGGCAACCAGAGAUCCGCGUACGUCGAUGGUCAGCGUGUGGGUGUGGGUGCAUCGUGUGCAUUGGGAAGCACUGAAUCCCAAGAGACCUCCCACUUUUACAUUGGAGGGGAUGGAGGCGGCGCAGAGGACAAAGAAAGCCGAGAAGAUGUGUCUGUGACGGUGACGAACGUCCUGCUGUACAACCGCCCGUUGAGUGACAAUGAGAUCGCCGCCUUCAAUCCGAAUAAAGUCACCAUUCAACAGUUGAAGGAUAAGUCGUCGGAGCCUUCACCAGUUUCUUCUGAUUCCGUUGAUACUAACGCCUCUCCGGUUACCGCAGCUGCUCAGCAAACCGGAACUUCCUCAACUCCUGACGGAAAACACCCGACGGAACAGGGACAGUCGAUGGGGAGCAGUAAUGCGGGCAGUGGCAGUGCAUACACAACAACAGUGUCCACUAUAACUACUCCUGCAGCAGGAGAGGAGCCCGUAAUGCAGGUGGCGCCAAGAUCAUCUUCUGAUGGACAUAAAAAUGUGGGUGGCGGUUCUUUUUCUGAUGGCGACCCAACGGUGGAGACAAGAGAAGGAGGAACAAAUGGGCAGGAGGAGGAGGUUAGUACACAGGUCAGGGAAGUGAAUGCCACGGCACUCAGCAGCAGCCUCGUAAAUGUGUCGCAAGGAAAUAAUAGCGAUACCAGCAGUAUGCGUGGGAGCGGACUGCUGCUAUCGCUUCUGCUUCUGUUGGGACUGUGGGGCCUUGCGGCUCUGUGA